GACGGAGCCUAGGAGAGCCUCUGCUCUUUGCUCUGUGCUGUUGAGUACGCGGCGCCACUUAGAAAAUUUGCCGGGCGGGAUUUCCGCAAAUUAUCAAGUAUGGCGAAGACUUACGAUUAUUUGUUUAAACUGCUGCUGAUCGGGGAUUCAGGAGUCGGGAAGACCUGCGUGCUGUUCAGAUUUUCAGAAGACGCGUUUAACUCGACUUUUAUCUCAACUAUAGGUAUCGAUUUCAAGAUUAGGACGAUAGAGCUAGACGGCAAGAAGAUCAAGUUACAGAUAUGGGACACGGCAGGACAGGAGCGAUUCAGGACAAUCACAACGGCGUAUUACAGAGGCGCUAUGGGCAUUAUGCUGGUGUAUGACAUCACCAAUGAAAAGUCCUUCGACAACAUCAAGAAUUGGAUUAGAAACAUAGAAGAGCAUGCAUCAGCAGACGUGGAGAAGAUGAUUCUGGGCAACAAAUGUGACAUCAAUGAUAAGCGACAAGUUUCCAAAGACAGAGGAGAGAAGCUGGCGUUAGAGUAUGGCAUCAAGUUCAUGGAGACGAGUGCGAAGGCCAACAUCAACGUGGAAAAUGCAUUCUUAACACUCGCCAGAGACAUUAAAGCGAAGAUGGACACGAAACUGGAGGGUAACAAUCCUCAAGGCAGCAAUCAAGGAGUGAAGAUCACCACCGAGCAACAGAAAAAGAGCAGCUUCUUCCGCUGUGUUCUACUGUGAAGACCAAGGCCUUACUGUCCUCCACCCUGGGGCUGAACUCAACUGGACUGUGCUCUUGAUUUUAGCACCUCUCUCUCUCUCUCUCUCUC